CAAGCACUACAUCUUUCCCAGUUCAAGGAGUGACAUUUCGAAUCAGCUCGUUUGCAGCUUUGAGAUUUCCGUAAUCUAACUAUCUUGGCCUACGUCCAUGGCGGGUGAAGUCGUUGACGGCGAGACGCCUCUGAAAGUCGUGACCUUCAAGUCUCUCCACCCUAUUCUUUCCAUUGAUCCUCCGAGAGCUGGCGAAGCCGUUGCGUGGUAUAAGGAUGUCUUUGGCUUUGAGGAGGUUGCGAAGAUCUAUGGCAAGAGGAAGGCUGGUCAGGAUGACCCUCUGAUUGAUCACGCGCAUCUCAAGCUCGGCGAGGUGGAAAUCAAGCUUGCAGAUGAUACUGGUCAUGGUGCCUCCGUUGAGGGUGGCAAGAGGCCGCCUUCUGCAUUGAAGGGAACCACAUUUACCAUUCAGGUCGAGUGCAGUGAUCCGGAUGCAAUUUUUGCUAAGGCUAUCGCCAAAGGCGCGAAGGCCAGCCUUGAAGUGUCCGACCAGGACUGGGGUCGUCGUUAUGGCAAGUUCAUCGACCCUUUCGGUUUUGAGUGGGGUUUGUUGAAGCCUCUUGAGGUUGAGGAAGAGAAAAAGGUUGAGGCCGAAAAUGGGGAGAAGGCAGCUGAGCCAGAAGCUCCUAAAGAAGCUGCUAAAGAAUGACUGCUAGACUGAUCUCUAAUAUGAUCGGGCUUUUGAAGAACCCUCAACAGCGCUGACGACGGAUGCGCAUUGACUUUCAUUGUCAUAGGUGAUGACACUGCGUGGUUAUUGACUGUGUUCCAUGUUUUUUCAUGAGAGCUGUUUUGUACAUGGACUAUAUGGGCGUUGUGAAAUCUGAGCUGUGGCGUUCCUCCUACUCAUAACUGCUACGCGAACCUACACUGGGUUCAAUGCUUUGUUGGAAAUAUCUCAAGGACUUAAGCGUUUCUGAAGUGUAACACUGUACUCGAGGAAGAUUACAGGGGAGCACGCGAGUCAACGGAGGUUACACGAGGGGGCGGACAAAGAAUGCGAAAGGACUCGAAAGGUCGCAACUGGAGGUUGCGACUGACCGUUACAACAUCACGGAUGGUAACCGAAGCGGCAAUCGAGUCGCUGUGCGACUCGAUAAACCGUUCCUGUAACUGUAUUCUACAACUGCUUUCUUAUCUAUUAUAUAUUGCUGUAUGCUUGUUUCUUUAAUCAAUCACUUGUUCUCACAUACUAGUACAAGGGUUCAACUGCCUCAACUUCCGCUGCACUACUCCAAGUCUCAAGUCUUUACAGCUGGGACUUAGUCUCUGCAAAAGAUCCUAAAGGGUUUUU